GCGCGGCCCUGACCUGGCAAAAUGGCGGAGCUGGAGGAGCCGAGGCGGCGGAUCCCGCUGGUGCCGGAGAACUUGCUGAAGAAGAGGAAGGCGUACCUGGCCAUCAAGGCCACCCAGGCCAAGCAGGCGCUGCUCAACAAACGCAAGCAGCAGAAGGGGAAGCAGAUCCAGUUCAGGCGCCUGGAGACGUUUGUUCGGGAUUCAUGGCGCAAACGCCGGGAUGACACCCGCCUGAGGCGCAUGGAGCAGAGGCCUGGGCAGGCAGCAGCGCCUCAGGAGAGCAAACUGGCCUUUGUCGUGAGGAUUGUGGAUAUUAAGGGCGUGACCAAGAGGGUGAGAAGGGUGAUUGAGUUGCUGCGGCUGAAGAAGAAUUACACCGGGGUGUUUGUGAAGCUGAGCCCGCUGUCACUGAAGAUGCUGCGGAUUGUGGAGCCUUACGUGGCGUGGGGACAGCCUAACCUGAAAUCUGUACGAGAGCUCAUCCUGAAACGGGGCCAAGCCAAGAUCAAGAAAAAGAGAGUGCCUCUGACAGACAACAUGCUGAUAGAGGAACAUUUAGGGGGCUGCGGUAUCAUUUGCCUGGAAGACCUUAUUCAUGAAAUCUACUCAACUGGGAAGCAUUUCAAGAGAGCGACCAGCUUUCUGUGGCCAUUCCAUCUGUCGGUGGCUCGGCACGCAUCGCGGAACAGAGUGGGUUUCCUCAAGGAGAUGGGCAAGCCUGGCUUCAGAGGGGAUGCCAUCAACCAGCUCAUCCGUCAGCUCAACUAGGCAGGGGUUUUGUGAAAACUUCAGGAUCUAUGACCUGUUCCUUUUCACAUGAACCUUUCAUGGACAUGACCUACAUGCAGUGAUCUGUAUGCAACUUCUCUUGACUGGUGCCUGUAUAAAAGAAGAAAUACAGAGAUGAUGAUGACGGAGAUGGACUUUGGGCUGGCCCUUCUUCAAGAAGAUAAAUUCUGUUUGGUACCAGAAUGAACUUCUUGGAGCAAUUUCACUUUUCCAUCUCUGUAAAAUAAGUGGGUUUUAUGCUCACUACUGCAGACUUCACUCUUGGAUGUGCACCUGCUUCUGGGGGUGAAGGGGUGGUGGAGUCACAAUUGUGCAAACAGGCAAAAGAAAACACCAAGGUAUUCUUCUGUUAGUGCAGCACAAACCCUAGCAGCAAAUAAUGUCACUUUCUAAGUACCUAGAUUGUAUUUAUUUUUGAAAAAAUAAGGGGUUUGUGUUCCUGAUUUAAAGAGCCCUUUUUUUGGCAAGACUUUUUUUUUUUUUCUUCUUUUUUAAACGUCUGCUGGAUUGGGACUGUUGGGGAGAAUUAUUGCCUGGAAAUAGCAAAGCCUAAAAAGGUUGUAAUACAGUCAUGGGGUGAGGUAUAUGUAAUUGAUGUUUUUAAAAUAAACUUGUGAAAUUAUAUUAUUAUAACAGAAGGUCCUACAUUACUGUAAAAGAGUGGAAAAACCAGUUCAACACUCUGGCUGGAAUGAGUUUAGUGAAGGAAGUGAAGAAAACCAUGGAAGAGUCUGAAAGUUGCAGAGAUUUAAAUCCCUAAUUUCUUCCACUACAGAAAUGGGUAAGGACACAUGAAGAGUCCAGUGCUGUUCAACAAAUAUGGAAGGCACUGUCAUGAGUUCGCUGUGACUGUUUAAACUGUUCUUUGAAGACUUAGGUGGGGGCAAACUGUUAAUCCAUGAAUGGAUUUCCUGCCGACUCCACUCCACUUGGAGCCUCAGGAAGCAAAGAAGUAACGAGACAAGAAGGAUGCCUUUUGGAUAUUACUUGUGUGGCAGUUAGAAACUGUUUUAUGAUGUGGCAUUCAUAAAACCAUAUGAAAUACAAUGGACUGCAGAUUCUGAAUUAGAGAACACUAUAAAACUAGAAGUUUUAUUCUGUAAAACAAGAAUAGAAACAUAGAAAAUGCUGGACAGACACUACAGACGUACACAGAACAACUUUGUCCCCAGAACUAGAGCCCAGUGGUCAUUAAAAUACAAGGUUUCAUCUA